AUGAUUCCUCAAUGCAACCGAAACAUUAUCUCCACAUCAUCUGCUAAAAAAUUGCAGGAUACUGUCAUCGCUUAUGCUGAUCGUCUUGCUGCAACAACUCCAGCUAUUGAUCUCGUAAAUUUGUACAGAAAUCAGAGGCCACAACAGUUCAUCGAUCUUUGCAAAUUUCACCUUUCUCUGCUGGUUGAGUUGCCGGUCGACUUUAAUAAUUACGAUCCUCGGCUGUACAAUGAAAUGGAAUUUGCCGACGACGCCGCGGGUAAGCACAGGAGAAACCGACCUUGGACACGAUUAACCAGCUCCAUGGGUCAAGGGCAUAAAACUGACUUAUCAGCUGGCGAUUUGCCUGACUCGCCGAGAACUCCGAGUCCAAAUGCAAUUUAUGAAAAUGUUGUGAAACUUAUGGAUCAUUUAUCAACGAGUGAAAACCUAAAAAUGGAGAUGAUAUUUCGGAAGAGUGGAAACAUAGUUCGCCAAAGGGAGCUGAGUAGGUGUAUCCUUUCUGGAAUGGAAGUCUCCUUUCCCGUUAAUUUUGUGAAUAUCGAUGAAUACGCGGUAGCAAAUUUGUCAUCCUCUUCGUCAGCAUUCUCAUGGAAUCGGAAGCCUCGCAGAAGCUUGUUCAAGGUCCAGGCAGGAGUAUCUGAUGUCAAAUUUGGUCCUUUUGAAGAGCUUAAGGGUCAUGAUUAUGCCAACACUCUAAAGAAUGUGCUUCGGGAAAUGCAUGACCCAAUUCUCACCCGGGAGCUCCUUCCUAUUUUUAUAUCAAUAUCGAAGAUCACUUCAGGAAACACUAAUGAUGAGGGCGUGCAAGUGCCUUUAAGUCCUGCGGACCUUCAAGUGGCUCAAGCUAAGCAGCUAAUGGCGAUUCGGAUUCUCCGCUUCUUUCUUCCUGAGAGAAAUCAGAGACUUUUGCGUCGGCUUCUUGACCUCCUAACUGAAACACUAAGCUAUGCGCAGUUCAAUGGAAUGUCCGCUGAGAGUUUGGGCACAAUUUUUGGACCACUGCUCCUUGCUCCAACCUGUUAUCCCAAUUCCGACCUGCACAAGCAGUAUGAUUUACUGAACAGUCUCACCACUCUAAUGGUCAAGCAGGGCUCUGAAGGAGUGUUUGGAGUCCCAGUGGCUCUCGCUGACGACAUUGACCGAAACUUGGUGUCCGACGGUCUACUAAAUGUCCGUUCCUCUUCAAAGGAUUCCGGGCUAGACACUUGUUCCACAACCUCCUCUGGUCAUGAUGAGAAUGCAAAAGGUGCUCUCUCCACAGGCUUGGUGUUCGUCAAAAAACCAAGCAAGAGUUGGAAUGAAAUUAGAAGUGGUCUGUGUAAUGUUGGACUAUCGAUUACAGAGUGUGCUGUGGCCGAGCUGUGUGCCACUGUGCAGGCUCUACCCGACUCCGACCCAAGGAAGGCCCGCCUGGUGCAGAGGAUAAAUAACUCAAAUGGUGGUCUGACACCGCAAAUGCGUAAACGAUUAAGGGGUGUACUGUCGCCUCCCCCUUUAUUCACGCGUCCAGCAUCAUUUCAUCGUCUAGAGGCCCCUUUGAAUGGGGUUCUUAGCGUGGCUUUAGAGAAGCAUCCCCUUUCUGGAUCACUGGCAAUGGAAAUGAAUGGCGGUAUUGGGAGUGAGGUUCAUGCGACGCAUUCCUCGUCGAGUCUGAAUGCGGAUAACGUCACUUCAUUGUGUUGCCCGCUUUUUUCCAUCCUCUCUUCCACCACCCGAUUGGCUAAUCAACAAACAAAGCAGGUUCGCCGAGAAUACAACUCGCACAAGCAACUUGGGGCUAUAGGGAGCCCGGUUUUCGAUGAUAUGGGUGCUCCCAUAGCCGGGAGCAGCCAUCGAAACCCUGGGAUCAGGGCUGCUGGCAAGAUCAGCCAUACAAAAACCAUAAUGGCGACUCGUAGGCACACAUACUUGCAGCGUAUGCGUGUGCGAAGAAACUACAAUCGAAACAAAAUCGGAGGGCUCUAUGCAACAUCCAUAACGUCCAGUAGUGCAGCUCCCAAGGAAUCCAAGACUUCCAUGUAA